AUGACAAAGGUUGCCAUUAUUAUCUACACUCUAUACGGUCACAUUGCCGCUACAGCUGAAGCUGAAAAGAGAGGUAUUGAACAAGCCGGUGGUUCUGCCGAUAUCUUCCAAGUCCCAGAGACUUUGACCCCAGAAGUAGUGAAGGCUCUAGGCGGUGCUCCAAAGCCAGACUACCCAAUUGCUACCAGAGACACCUUGACCGAGUACGAUGCGUUCUUGUUCGGUAUUCCAACCAGAUUCGGUAACUUCCCAGCUCAAUGGAAGGCCUUCUGGGACGCCACUGGUGGUCUAUGGGCUAAAGGUGCUCUACACGGUAAGGUCGCCGGUUGUUUCGUCUCCACCGGUACUGGUGGUGGUAACGAGUCUACUGUUAUGAACACUUUGUCCACUCUGGCUCACCACGGUAUCAUCUUUGUUCCACUAGGUUACAAGAAUGCAUUUGCCGAAUUGACCAACUUGGAAGAAGUUCACGGUGGUUCUCCAUGGGGUGCCGGUACUAUUGCCGGUGCUGAUGGUUCUAGACAACCAACCGACUUGGAAUUGAAGAUCCAUGAAAUUCAAGCCAAGAGUUUCUACGAAACUGUCAAGAAGUUUUAA